AUGCCGACCGAAGGCGUCUACAUACGUCCAUCCGGGCAGAAGACCUUCAUCCCGUUGGAAAACAACCCGGAAGUAUUCACAUCGCUCGUGCACGACCUCGGAGUAUCACCCGACCUCGGAUUCUACGAUGUCUACAGCCUCGACGAUGCCGAUCUUCUUUCGUUGGUGCCACGUCCAGUUCUAGCCCUGAUAUUCAUCACUCCUGCGCAGAUGUAUUUUGCCGUUCGCGAGGAAGACAAGACUGUCGUGUCACCUACACAGUUGACCUACGAUAGAAGUGGUGGUGACGAACCUAUCAUCUGGUUUCAGCAAACAAUCGGCCAUUCAUGCGGCCUUAUGGCGUUGUUGCAUUCCGUGGCCAACGGCGAGGCGAGGGAGUUUGUCCAGAAGGGGUCCUUCUUAGAUGGCCUGCUGAACGAAGCCACGCCGCUCAAGCCCGUCGAGAGGGCAGCCUUGCUGUACAACAAUGAAGAGCUUGAGAAGAAACACAUGAAGGCUGCCAGAACUGGGAGUUCUCAUCCACCUGGGGCAAACGAAGACAACCAUUUCCAUUUCAUCUCCUUCGUCAAGGGAAAGGAUGGUCAUUUGUGGGAGCUGGAGGGCGCCACGGACGGCCCCGUAGACCGAGGACUGAUGCGGGAAGGCGAUGAUGUGCUGAGUGAAGGGGCUCUGGGCCAAGCGAUACGCAAGUUCUUGGUAGCUGGAAAUGGGAAUCCGAACUUUAGCAUUGUAGCAUUGGCCAAGAAGCCUGCUGACUUAUGGGCGCGACACAUCGCGGCACCAGCGUCGGAGUUUGCCAUCGCAAUGGAUAGCUCCCAGGCGCCGCUGAUUUCGAACAAUCGCCACGAUGACGAUGCGCCGUACGAUGCCGUUGACGACGAGCCUAGAUCCAGAGCUUCCCCAGCGAAGGCGAUCGACGGCCAUCCUGGCUUGUUUGUUUUGAUUUUGACCUUUGCUGCGGGCAUAAGCGGGCUCUUAUUUGGAUAUGAUACCGGUGUCAUAUCUGCCACGCUCGUCUCGAUCGGAAAGGCGCUGUCGGACCGAGAUCUCACUUCGAUGGACAAGUCGAUCAUCACGUCGUCAACCUCUUUGUUUGCGCUUCUCAUAUCGCCGUUCUCUUCUAUCAUUGCCGACCGGCUAGGCCGCAAACGAGUCAUUCUAUACGCUGAUGUUCUGUUCAUCGUUGGAGCAGUUCUGCAGGCCGCCAGCUCUACUGUGUCGGUCAUGGUAGUCGGUCGCUGCAUUAUCGGCGCUGCGGUGGGAGCAGCAAGUUUCGUGGUGCCUCUGUACAUCGCUGAGAUCGCGCCCUCGUCAUACAGAGGCCGUCUGGUGACUAUCAAUGUGCUCUUCAUUACGCUCGGGCAGAUGGCGGCGUACAUCAUUGGCUGGGCGCUGUCUACAUAUGCGUCGAAAGAGACUGGGUGGCGAUGGAUGGUGGGAUUGGGGGCGCUACCGGCGGGCUUGCAGGGUGCUCUUGUCGCCUUCAUGCCAGAGACACCGCGCUGGCUGGUAAAGGCCGGGAGAUCUGAUGACGCCAAACGUGUUAUUCAAAAGGUCAAUGGUGUACAAGGACGAUUCGAUGGCACUGUAGAUGCUAUCAUCAAGGAGAUUGAGAUUGAGGUCCGCGAAGAGGAAGAGGCACGGCAUCUUCAAGACCGCCAGGCAUCGGGCCCUUGGAAAGGACUCAGUGCAUGGCACGAGCUCUUGGGUGAGGGCAAGCAUCGCCGCGCACUAGCUAUUGCGUGUCUCUUACAGGGACUGCAGCAGCUGUGUGGUUUUAACUCGCUCAUGUAUUUCUCGGCCACUAUAUUCUCCAUCAUGGGGUUUGAGAGUCCUACAUUGACAUCUCUCAUCGUUGCCAUUACGAACUUUGUCUUUACGCUUGUUGCGCUGGGCCUCAUCGACCGUAUCGGCCGCCGACGGAUCUUGUUAUACUCGAUACCUUUUAUGGCUUUGGGCCUGCUAUUAGCCGCAGCCGGUUUCUCAUAUCUAUCCCUGGAACCGUCACCGGCCGCUCGAGAUGAGGAUGCCACGGCGCCAGCAGGCGAAGGUGAGACCAGGUCGGCCGUCGUCGUCCUCGUUAGCAUUAUGAUUUACGUGGCAUCAUAUGCUCUGGGCCUAGGCAACGUGCCAUGGAUGCAGAGCGAGCUGUUUCCUUUGUCCGUACGUUCAGUGGGCAGCGGAGUUGCGACGGCAACCAACUGGGCAGCAAACUUUGCUGUUGGCUUGACAUUUUUGCCGCUGAUGGAUGCACUGAGUCCAUCGUGGACGUUUGUCCUUUAUGCGGCGGUCUGUGCCGUUGGGUAUGGCCUUGUUUGGCGGAUAUAUCCCGAGACGGCGGGCUUGAGUCUGGAGGAGGCCACAGCGUUGCUAGACAACGGAUGGGGCGUGCGACGAUGA